AUGCCGUCCCUUCUCUUCCUCAGCUGCUGCUUCUGCAGCCUGGCAGCCUGGCUGCUCCUGGCCAUCCCCGCCCCCGGUAGUAGCAGCGUCCCGGGCGCGGAGGCGGCUGCGGCGCCCGAGGAGGAGGCCGCGCUCCGGGUGCUGGUGCUCCUGCCCAAGGACGACGCGUACCUGUUCUCGUUGGCGCGGGUCAGGCCGGCCAUCGAGUACGCGGUGCGGAGCUUGGAGGCGAACGGCUCGCUCCUGCCGGCGGGCUACAAGUUCCGCCUUUUCUAUAGCGACUCGGAUUGCGGCAACAGGGCGCUCUUCAGCCUGGUGGACAUGAUCGCCUUGAAGCGGGAGUGGCCCGACCUGCUGCUGGGGCCGGUGUGCGACUACGCCGCCGCGCCGGUAGCCCGGCUGGCCUCGCACUGGAACCUGCCCAUGAUCUCGGCCGGCGCGCUCGCCGCGGGCUUCAGCCCCAAGACGGGCGAGUACUCGCACCUGACCCGGGUCUCCCCGGGCUACGCCAAGAUGGGCGAGAUGUUCCUGGCGCUCUUCCGCCACCACAAGUGGAGCCGCGUCCUGCUGGUCUACCACGACGACAAGGAGCAGCGCAGUUGCUUCUUCGCCGCCGAGGGGGUCCACCUGGUCUUCCGCGAGGCCGGGUUGCACCUGGACGACUUCGCCUUCGAAGAGAGCGGCAAGUACGCGGACGACGUGGUGCGCGCCAUCCAAGGCGGCGAGAGAGUUGUGAUCAUGUGUGCCAGCAGUGACGCAAUACGGAACAUCAUGUUGGCUGCACAUCGGCAAGGAAUGACUAGUGGAGAUCAUGCUUUCUUCAAUAUUGAACUUUUCAACAGCUCAUCAUAUGGGAAUGGUUCAUGGAGGAGAGGAGACAAAUAUGAUCUUGAAGCAAAGCAAGCAUACUCAUCCCUCCAGACAAUCACACUACUGAGAACAUUGAAACCCGAAUUUGAAAAGUUUUCUAUGGAAGUGAAAAGUUCUGUUCAGAAACAAGGAAUCCAUCAUGAUGACUAUGUGAACAUGUUUGUUGAAGGUUUCCAUGAUGCCAUAGUUCUCUAUGUUCUGGCUUUACGGGAAGUUCUGAAGAAUGGCUUCACAAAGAAAGAUGGAGAUAAGAUUGUUCAUCAGACAUGGAACAGGACAUACGAAGGCAUUGCAGGGCCAGUAUCUAUUGAUGCUUCUGGAGAAAGAUUUGGGGAUUUUUCUGUGGUUGCCAUGACGGAUCCUGAAACUGGAACACAACAGGUAAUUGGAAACUAUUAUGGAAAACAGGGAAGGCUUGAAAUAUUUCAAAGUGCAAAUUACCUCUGGGAACAAAGACUAAAAACAGACGAUAGCCGAGGAUUGGAACACACAAGCAAUGCAGCCUGCAAAUCGUCAGGUGGUGUAGGAGAAUCAGCAGUUACCGGGAUAGUGGUAGGUGCCUUGCUAGGAGCAGGAUUGUUGAUGGCCUUCUACAUUUUCAGGAAAAAGUACAAAAUAACCAUUGAAAGAAGAAAUCAGCUGGAAGAGUACAACAUUGGCAAGCACCGACAAUUACGAGAAGACUCCAUCAGGUCUCACUUUUCUGCUGCAUGAAAUAGAAAAGAAUUACUCUUGUGGGGAUAUCUGUAGACAAAUGGACAGUACCAAAGACUGCCACAGGGAAAAAAAAAAGUGCGUUAAGGACUCCACCUUUUAAAAGUAGAGUCACUUGUCUUAAUUUUUUUUUUCUUCAGAAACUCAGGAAUGAUUUACUAGCCACAUUAUGCCACAUGGCCUUUUUUAUCUCAUGGAAAGAUGAAUGAUUAAAAGAAACAUACCUGUUUUCUCAUGACAAGACAUUAUUAAUACUUUGUGGAUAUAUCUCAAGGCAGAUUUGGGGUCUUGAUGAUGUAAACGUUCCUUCAUGAUGCCUUGGUGAAUGUCAGGUGAUUCUUCACUACAUCACACACCAGAUCCUUAAGUACUUUCAUAGGCAAAGGGGCAGCUUCACAUAGGGAACAAAAUAGGUUCUGAAUUGAAUUGUGGAGACAGGAUGGGGGGAAAGAGUGUGUAGCUUAGUACAGUGCA